GUCGGUUUCAUUCUCCCUCUACUUAUAACAAGACUCUUUUUCUGCCCGUCGUUCAUCACACAAACCUCAAAACGACUCCAGAAUCACUUGAAGAUACACUCACAGCCAAUAACUUACAACUACCAACACAUCUAUCAACCACAAUGUCUUUCACAGCUAACUCGCGUGCUCCUCAAAUUCACCCCUCCAACGCUCCUCAAGAACCCACCGGUCAAGUCGCGUCCGACUCCCUGGCCGCGGAAUCGCUCAAGAACCAAGGCGGCUUCGCCGAGAAUGCCCACGCCGCGGCAUCCAGCGUGUCAGGCUCUUCCUCGACACUCAACAACACCGACACAUCCGGCGCCAAAGUUCUCCAGCCGGCCGAGGACGGCACCGCGCGAGAGAAGCAGAAUGCCUUAGGUCUAGGCCCCGACGAAAAGGGCGUGACGGGCGUCAAACUCGACGCUGCAGGCAAGCCGGCCUUUGAUGGCGUGCACAACAAGGACGGCUACUACGGCGGUCCAGGCGACGGCGGUUCUGCUGCGCAGACUUCGGGCGGCUCCAACGCCAGACCAGCUGGAGCGUCCGACUUUGGUGCUUCGACCGUCGGCGGCGGAAGUGCCACUUCAGCCGACCCCAACAUCAAAUCAGGCUCCACUGCUACUGGCGGCAACAGCACAGGAAGCGGAAGUGGAGGACCGACAGCAGGCGCGGGCGUGCGGCCUCACGUCGAUGCCGCUCCAGGCUAUACCAGCACCGUCACCGGAGCGGCCGCACCUCCCGGCACGUACCAGCCCAAGGGUGCGAACCUCGAGGAUGCAGACGCCACGGAAUCCAUGCCCAAGCCCAAGGUGUUCAUUGGAGAUGUUGGCGGCUCGCAUGACCCCGGCCGACUGGCGGAACAGAACUUCGAGGCGAGAAAUACCGGCCCCGCCGAGCAGGUCAGUUCGAGCGGCAAUGAGGGUGGAGCGCAACGACAAGCUGGUAGUGGUGGACGAGAGGCCGUCGGUGAGCAGGGUGGGAGCUUCGGCGUGCUGGACAGUGAGCGGGCCUAAGUUACAGGACCUCAUGCAUGUCUCAUAGCCACAAUCUCAAAAGGGGGGCCAUCUGGGGCCUCGACAAGAGCAGCAGGACUGAAAGGGGCGUCUGCACCAUGCAUGACAAAACGAUGGGACGGUGGGAAAAAGGGGACAAACUGUAUGAUAUGAAGAACCGAGGAUGAAAUGAUUGAAUGACAAAAUGGGGGAAAGGGAGAAAAAGUAUGUCUUGCACACUCAUGGCUCGAGACUGGAUUGCAUCGUUAGGCGGAGCUGAAUAUCAUGAAUGGUCGGCGUUCACGCAUAUGCAUGUACUUUAGUCGACACAAACAAGAAAAUUGAGCGAGAGCAGCCUCUUGCUAUUUGCAAAAAUAUCAACAAAAUUGUGCCACCGG